AUGUCAGGAAAAUUGAAACGUUUCGAUGCUUAUGCUAAAACACUCGAAGAUUUUCGUAUUCGAACAACAAGCGGUGGAUUUGUUACAAUAAUUAGUUCAAUUAUUAUAUUUGUCUUAGUUAUGAUGGAACUAAAGUAUUUUUUAACAAAAGAUGUUGUACAAGUUUUAUUUGUUGAUACAAGUCGACAAGAAAAAAUGAAUAUAACAAUUGAUAUUAAAUUUCCUGUUUUGCCAUGUAGUUAUUUAACUGUUGAUGCUAUGGAUGUUUCAGGUGACACACAAACCGAUAUUAUUCAUACUUUAUAUAAAACAAGAUUAGAUUUAAAUGGAAAUAUUUUGCAAGAUACUGUUGUUAAAGUAGCACUUCAACCAUUACCAAAAAUAAAAAAUGACAGUUUAGAAACAACAACAACCGCAGCAGCACCUGUUUCUGAUUGUGAAUCAUGUUAUGGUGCUGAAUCAGCUGUACAUAAAUGUUGUCCGACAUGUGAUGAUGUUAAAGCAGCUUAUCGAGUCAAAGGAUGGUCAUUCGAUCCAAUUGGUGUUCAACAAUGUGUUCGCGAGGGGAAAACGGUCGGCAUGUCUAAUUCGGAUGAUGGUUCUCUGCCAGUCAAUGAAGGUUGUCGAUUACAUGGUCAUUUGGAAGUUAAUAAAGUUGCCGGAAAUUUUCAUAUUGCUCCUGGUCAAUCAUUUGAACAACAUCAUGUACAUGUUCAUUCAUUACGAAAUAUUCGUUUGAAUAUGCUCAAUACAACACACUAUGUCGAUGAAUUAACAUUCGGUGAAACGUUUCCAAAUCAAAUAAAUCCAUUAUCGAAUACAAAACAAAUAGUAAAUUCACAUGAUAACGGAGCUGUACUUUAUCAUUAUUAUGUUAAAAUUGUUCCGUCGGCAUAUGUGUUUUUAAAUCAAACACAAAUAAUAACAAAUCAAUAUUCAGUAACGAAACAUAAAAAAAUAAUUAACAAUAUUUUCGAUUCAUCCGAUCAUCAAUUACCGGGAACCUUUUUUACUUACGAAAUAAGUGCAAUUAUGGUAAAAUUUGUUGAACAGAAACGAUCGUUAGCACAAUUUUUAACAUCUCUAUGUGCAAUAGUGGGUGGCGUUUUUACUGUAUCAAGUUUAAUUGAUGCUUUUAUUUAUCGUGGUAGCUGUAUUCUACAUAAAAAACUAGAGUUAGGCAAAGCCACAUGA